UUUUUUUCUUUCUUUGUAUAUUUUGUAAUAGGUGUGAAUCUGGUGUUGACGGUCGAAGUUAAUUGCUAGUGAGAAUGGUUGAGUUUCUUUUUGAAGAUAUUUUUAGGGUUGAGCGUCUUAACCCAGAUGGUAAAAAGUUUGAUAAAGUUAUCCGGAUUGAAGCAAAAAGUGAGAAGUUCGACAUGUUCAUGCACCUAGAUGUGAUGGUUACAAAGGAGUUUAUACUGAAGGAAGGUGAUAAGUUUGCGAUGGUACUAGCUCCAACACUAAAUCUGGAUGGAACACCUGAUACUGGCUAUUAUACUCCGGGCAAUCGGCAGUCGCUUGCAGACAGAUUUGAUUAUGUAAUGUAUGGAAAGCUUUAUAGAAUUGCCGAUGGUUCAGGACGUGGAACAAAAGCGGAGAUGAACGUUUCAUUUGGUGGGCUUCUGAUGAUGCUGAAGGGAGAUCCAUCUCAUUGCAACAAGUUUGAACUUGAUCAGAGGCUAUAUAUCCUCAUGAGGAAGGUGUAAAGUUAAGCUAUUUGAUCAAAGUGUUACUUACUUUAUCUCUCUGUUAUGGAAGCUCUCUACUUUCCAAGCUCCUAAUCGGCUAUGUUAAUAUGCGAUGCCAUGACAGAUUCUCAGUUUAUAAUUGGCAAUGCUAAACUUAUGGUAAAAUGAACAGUUUUGUACCUGUACAUGUCUACAUGUGGUGCAAAUGAACUGGAGGCUUGGCCUCCAGUGGCUAAUGUGAAUGGCUUGAGAAAUAUGCAGUUCCAUUCCACCGAUGGGCAUUUUAUUUA